UUAUAUUGUCAAAAUUAAAACAUAUAAUAACAAUUCAUGCGGUGGUUACUCAAGGUUUUUGAUAAACUUACAUUAAAUUUACCAAAAUGGACUGUUACAGUGUCGAAUCCGACGUACUUGUGAGAAAAGGUCAUAGAAAUAGAGAUAAAGAAAAAAAUUACAUUAACGAGUAUACGAAGCAGCCUGAUGUUCAUAUUGUAAGAAAAUUAUGUAAAGCGAAACACACGAAGCACAACCUCAAUGACGUCGCCGAUAGGGCUCCGUCCACUUCGGUUGUUAUAAAAAAAGCUAUUGCCAAGAUUUCUAAAAGAAAAUUUAUUCCGGAUACUUUAUACAAAGACGAUACGUCCAGUGAAAUACCACUCAUCAAAGUAACUGUUAUACCUAAACACGUGGACACACAAACAUCGAGGCAGUUCAAUAAAAGAAGACAAACUGUCAAAAGGGCACAGAGUACAGUUUCCAAUCAAGAGAGUUCACUGCGAUCGAAAAAUAUAUAUUUAGUUGUAACAGGACGAAAAGCGGACAAGAUUUACGAGAUAAAAACGACAGGCAGUGAAAAAUUAUCAACCAACCAAUCGUCUAGCCGUUUAAAAUAUGAAGACAUAUCAUUGAAAAAAUUACAUAAUUACAAGCACGUUAUAGAUUCAUUAAAUAUGGAAAAAAAGAAAAAAAGAGACAAAAAGAAGAAGACGGUUCCACAACGUAAGGAUUCAAGGACUUCGUUGGUGAACGAAAUAUUUGGAGGUGCGGGAAUCACAUUACAAGAAUGCAUUUGUUCUAACGCAAAAAGGAAGGCUCCAAUUAAUAAUGUCAAACAUCGUACAAGUAGGCUGCGAAUAAUUGGCGAACUUGGACUUACGAAUGAUGAUAAAUAUGUCAUAAACUAUGCGGCUACCGUAGAUGGGGAUACGGGUAUUAGAAACUAUUCACGAACGGAGGAAAAAUUUAAGUCUAAUGAAGCAUCAGAUUUGACAAGUAGACAACAGACACAUCGCGAUUCUAAUGUUCAAGCUAAUCUUCUAGAGCCAACUACAUUCUGCGCUUUUUCAAAAAAUCGUGGUGCGAGACAAGAGUCACAAGGCACUCAAGUGGAUUUAGACGGACCGUUGGAUAGAAAUAAAAAAUAUACAUUUAGAGAUCAAACCAUACAGUGUUACUGUAAUUGUAGUAACGGUACUGCAACAGAAAUAGUAAGCAGUACGACAAACGCUGUUAACAAAAGCAGUACAACAAAAGAUACGAAAAGUCCACUGGUCAUUAUAUCAGUAUACUCAAAGCAAGAUUCUGCGGAAAAUACUACCACUAGCCACACUCUACUAGAUCAACGACCAGCCUUACCGAAGCGUCAAUCAGAGUCUCCACAAUAUCAGCUUAGAAACAAAAGCAAAAUGAACAUGUAUCGAAGUUGUUCUCCUUCACCUGAACAUAGAAACUAUUCAAGAGACAACCCUCUUAACAAAACCGUCGAUGCCAGAUUUUUAUAUACGAAAAAGAAGAAUUACGUCAGACCAGCAUCGCCAGUUAACCAAAAGAAAAUUCCUUCCCCAACCGAUUUGAGCACAACUACGACUAAAUCCAAAAUGAAAAAUGAGUUUUUUAAAAAAUUUCCCGUUACUUUUGGUUCGCGUGAUUCGAGAGAUACGAAUAUGCAAUCGAUAAAAAAGAAAAAAACGAACGAUAAUAAUCAAAAACCACUUCCGUUUGUUAAGAAAGAAGUAGGAAAUUAUUCUUAUGUCUCACGAAAUGAAAUAAGUGAUAUAAAAAGAACUAUCGAUAGUCCAAAACAAAGUUACAACGGUGUGAGGGAACAACGCAAUUUGAACAAUAUCUCGAGAAAUCGUAGAGUAUUUAAUAAUGAAGAUUCUCAUAGAUCUAGUGAUUAUGACUAUGGAUCAAUGGAGAAUUUCUUGAUGUUAUCAGAGGACAAUAGAGAUGUGAACACAAGAUCUCUAUCUCAAACUCUUUGCUAUUCCCCUUCGACUACAGCAAUUUAUGAAACGUCCCAACAUACUGACACUGCUGUAGGUAAUACAGACAGCAGCGCAAUUGAACCGCAGUGUUGCAUGAAAUUUACACAAACCAGUCGCAGUUACGAUGAAUUAUAUGAAUCUACUAGUAACACAAAUUUUUUCGCUCCCAUCAAACAUUAUCAUGGAGACAGUUGCGACAUCAUUGACCCCUUAGAGAGAGAUAGAGAGAUCAGAAAACUGCUAGGACUUGAAUAUCGACAAACUAUCCCAAGACCUAUUACCCACGAAUAUUAUUCUGGUAUGUUCUGUCGCGAAUCACGGUCUAAAAAAAAAAAUAAUUACUGUACGAAACACGUAGAAGCCCGUAUAUCCAGAACAUUUGAGUGCAAAUGUUGCAGUCAUGAGAAAAAAUCACCAACGCCUAAAAACAGAGUAUGUAAAUUAGUCAAAACUAAAACAACACCAACUCAAUACGAUUUGAAACCACCCGUUAUCCCCUGUAUCCCCCUGUGCAGCACGCUGACACACCAGGAACCGCGCGACAAUCAGUUGAUAUUAAAUCGAAACAUACAAGUGUAUUUACAAAUAGAACAGUUCACAAAACAAAAGCCUAUAAUGCUUACAAGAAAACAAUAUGACAAAUUGAAAAAAACAAUAAAGAGCACGGUCAAAUUAAAAACUCCGAAACCGCCAAAAUGCAAAAAGAACGUAUUCAAAACGUACAGUGUAGUAUCGGAAGGGCAAAUUAAAAAGGCGAAUAGAAGUAAAUGCUGCGGUAUACGCGACAGAGGAAUGCAAACGAAGAAAGGUACGAAACGUCAGAAUAGAACUAAACCAGCGUCAAAGCAGAGCAGCAAAGUGUCCCCAAAUACUUCGUGCGUGUGUGUCGAAGUACAAACAAUAUGUAGCACAUUGGAGAAACAGGCGUGUAAUUAUUUGCUCCUCGAUAGACAAGUCGGCCAAGACAUGUCGAAUACAUCCAAAGAAAAUGUACCAAGACAAACCAUGUCGUCUCUAGAGAUCAGGUACGCGAAUGUCGCUUUUAAACGCGUAACAUUCUCAUCGACUAAUGUCGACCAGUUGCCGACAGAAUCCGUAUACUCAAAUCAAUUGGAAAAUACUCCAGUACAUUCUUUACCCAAAAAAAACAAGAAAUCGGCUACUCCAAAUCUUGGUACGUCAGGGUACUCAUUAUACUCUGAACCGACUGGAUCAGGUCAAUCCCUCAAGUACCUUCUCUCACCACGAGACUCUAAACAAAAGAGGCCGUUCCUAAGAAGGCUCAUGUCUUGUCUUGUGAUGCAUUCAGCGAGGCCGUCCAACAUGAAGCUUCCGUGUGGUUUGACCAGCAAAGUUUCUGGCGUCAACAGUUCAAUUGAUUCAUACUAUAUCAGCACGUCUCUUGGAGCAAUUGAACUUACAUCGUCAAUGUACGACACAUCGGCUUCAUUUUACAGUAAUCACACAAUUUUACCUGUGAACAAAAUUAAAAGAGGGUUUUUAAGUUCUGUGCGAGGUUUUCUUACCAGUCGGAGAAGUUGACAAUUAUCGAAAUUAAUAAGUGGAUUAUUUAUUA